UCAACCACUCUCAUCAACCAUCCACUAAACUUUCAUUUCAAUCAAUCCUCUCCGCCAUGGAUCUCCUCCUCCUGGAGAAGACUCUAGUCGGUCUCUUCGUCGCGGUGGUUCUCGCCAUCGCCAUUUCCAAACUCCGAGGCAAGCGGUUCAAGCUUCCGCCAGGGCCAUUGCCGGUGCCGAUCUUUGGUAACUGGCUACAGGUCGGCGAUGACUUGAAUCACCGAAAUCUGACGGAUCUCGCCAAGAAAUUUGGGGAUAUCUUCUUGCUUCGGAUGGGACAGAGGAACCUUGUGGUGGUCUCCUCGCCGGAACUGGCUAAGGAGGUGCUCCAUACUCAGGGAGUCGAAUUUGGAUCUAGAACCAGAAACGUUGUCUUCGAUAUCUUCACUGGAAAAGGUCAGGAUAUGGUUUUCACUGUCUAUGGUGAGCACUGGAGGAAAAUGAGACGGAUAAUGACGGUUCCGUUUUUCACUAACAAAGUGGUACAACAAUACCGUUACGGAUGGGAGUACGAGGCCGCAAGCGUUGUGGAGGACGUGAAGAAGAAUCCAGAAUCGGCGACGAGUGGAAUCGUUCUCCGGAGGCGGUUACAGCUAAUGAUGUACAACAAUAUGUACAGGAUUAUGUUCGAUAGAAGAUUUGAGAGUGAGGACGAUCCUCUGUUUCAGAAACUUAGGGCUCUGAACGGAGAGAGGAGCCGAUUGGCGCAGAGCUUCGAUUACAACUAUGGCGAUUUCAUCCCGAUUUUGAGGCCAUUCUUGAGAGGUUAUCUCAAAAUCUGCAAGGAAGUUAAGGAAACAAGGCUCAAACUAUUCAAGGACUAUUUCGUCGAGGAGAGGAAGAAAUUGGCGAACACAAAGAGCACAUCAAACGAGGGAUUGAAAUGUGCAAUUGAUCACAUAUUGGAUGCUCAACAGAAAGGAGAAAUCAACGAAGACAAUGUCCUUUACAUUGUUGAGAACAUCAAUGUUGCAGCUAUCGAAACAACAUUAUGGUCCAUUGAAUGGGGCAUUGCGGAGUUGGUAAACCACCCUGAGAUUCAAAGGAAGUUGAGGAAUGAGCUUGACACUGUACUUGGAGCUGAUGUCCCGAUCACUGAGCCCGACACCUACAAGCUGCCUUACCUGCAGGCUGUGAUCAAGGAAACUCUCCGUCUUCGGAUGGCCAUCCCAUUGCUUGUGCCGCAUAUGAACCUCCAUGAUGCGAAGCUUGGGGGUUACGACAUUCCAGCUGAGAGCAAGAUCUUAGUGAAUGCCUGGUGGCUAGCCAACAACCCCGCCAACUGGAAGGACCCUGAAGUGUUCCGCCCUGAGAGGUUCUUGGAGGAGGAGUCGAAGGUUGAGGCCAACGGCAACGACUUCCGAUACCUUCCCUUUGGCGUUGGUAGAAGAAGUUGCCCUGGCAUCAUCUUGGCUCUGCCAAUCCUUGGCAUUACAAUUGGACGUUUGAUUCAAAACUUCGAGCUGCUUCCUCCUCCUGGACACUCCAAGUUGGACACCUCAGAGAAAGGCGGCCAAUUCAGCUUGCACAUUUUGAAGCACUCCACCAUUGUUGCCAAGCCAAGAGUGUUCUAAGCUUAAGCUUCAAAUGUUUCUUGUUUUUACGCCCUCUUGAAAUUACGUGUUGUAUACACUUGGGGAAGAUUUUGAAUGUUCAAAUGCUUUAUUUUUAUA